AUGUUGCGUACUCAAAGAAUCUUCCCAGCACUUACCAAGUGCGCCCGAGGCUUUGCAACUGUUGCUCAUCCUCCUCAACUUGGAGUCGUUCGCCCUUCUUCUCAAGAAAUAAAGAACCUGUCUCUGGACUCAAGAAAUCUCGAGAAAGCAGUUCGGCACAUGCACAGAGAUGGGUUAGUCGUUGUCGAGGACGUUGUCCCUCAUCAAGACAUCGAUCUUCUUAACAAGAAGAUGGUUGAAGAUGCCCAUGUCCUCCAGGCUCGGGGCGACAAGGGUCCAUUCAAUUAUAACAAGGGAAACAUCCAGCAAGAUGCUCCUCCUGUGGCGGAGUACUUCAGUCCUUCUAUCUUCACCAAUCCAAUCGCUACCCAGAUCACCACAGCCAUGAUGGGCCCUCGUCCCAAGUGGACGUUCUGCUCCGCCAAUUCUGCCAUGGCAACUCCCCCAGGAGGUACUCCCCAAAGACAGCCCGUCCAUUCAGACGCAGACUUUGCACACCCAGACCAUCCCUUUGCUCUUGUUAUCAACGUCCCUCUCGUCACAACUACACCCGAGAACGGAUCCACAGAGAUCUGGCUUGGCACACACAAUGCAUUCGGUCUCGACGCUCAAGAAGGUGCCCAUGGUGAAAGAGCAAGUGGCCGCAUUAGAGAAGAUCUUCUCCGCCAGCGUCAAGAAAUAUCACCUCCUAUCCAGCCUACCAUAAAAAAGGGUAGCAUCAUCGUCCGUGACUUGAGACUUUGGCACGCAGGAAUGCCCAACUUGACACAGAAGACCAGAGUGAUGCUCGCCAUGAUUCACUUUGCUCCAUGGUUCAGGAACAGGAUGAGACUUGAGCUGAGUGAAGAUGUGAAACCAAUUCUUGAAGGUUUGGAAAGAGAGGGAAAGCUGGGGUUGGAUGUACCAGUUGAUUGGACGAGCAGGGAGGCUGUGCUCGAGGGUUACCUGAACCGAGGGUUCGGAAAUAGCUAUGAUUUCAGCCAAGAAGCUUGA